GGAGGAGGAGGCGGCCUCUGAGGGGUCGCAUCGGCCGGCUGGGUGCUCCCCACAGCCGCGGCCCGGCCCGCGUCCUCCGGCCGUUGUGGGCUCGGGCUUUGUAGCCGGAACGGCCGGGGCCGGUUUGGGGUCCUUGUAACUGAACACAAACGGACCAUGCCUCCUCCAGAAACCAUGUUUUGUGCUCAGCAGAUCAAAAUCCCCCCUGAGCUACCUGAUAUUCUGAAGCAAUUUACUAAAGCUGCUAUUAGGACUCAACCUCAUGAUGUUUUGCAGUGGGCAGCUGCGUAUUUCUCAGCGCUGUCAAAAGGCGAGCCCCUUCCUGUGAAGGAGAGGAUUGAAAUGCCUUUAGCAGCAGAGAAAACAGAUGCUGGUUUGACCCCAGGACUCCUUAAAGUCUUGCACAAACAGCUUUCUCCCAAAGGCAUGGUGAAUGUUGCAGAACUGAAGGAAAAAUGGAAGCACUUGUGCUUGCCAGAGGAGCAGCUGAAAGCCAUCCUGCAGCUGGGCAACUUUGGCAAGGAGGUGGAAUGGAUGAAGGUUCUGGCACUUGGGUGCAGCGUGCUCGGCGGGUCCUUACUGAGUUCAAUGAAACAUGCCUGCGAAAUCUUAACAAGGGACCCAGAAGGUGGAGCGGCUCGCGUUCCCUUCGAAACGUUCUCGUUCCUUUACUCGUAUUUGGCCAGUAUCGAUGGAGAGAUACCAGAGGAGAAAACUGAAGCGUUCCUCCAUGGAAUUAAAGAACAAGCUGACCAACAAACCGGCAUGGUGCUGCUUAGAAACUUUCUGACCCAGCCCUCAAGACUGUUUUGAUCAAGCCUACUCUUCAGCACCAGGUGAGAGGAAAAAACCCAAACAAAUAAAUACAGGCAAGAAAAUAAUUUGUGUUCAAAGGACUGAUACUUGCACAUUACAAUACAAGAAGAUCCUCUUCUCUGGCACUGCUUUAUCCCACUCCUGCAAUCGCCCUUCAGUGGAUGUUAAUUGAAUACGUGGUUAUACUGUUCUCCUGUCUCCCAAAUACUGAUGCUCACACCUAGGGUGUGAUACCUUCUACUCGGUAUAAACGGG